GGGGACGGCGACUCGGGUUUCUUUGAAGGCUGUGCAACGUAAUCCGUCGAGAGUCAUUCGAUGCAAACCCAGAGACAAAGGAGCAGCAGCAGCCGCGAGCGCAGUGGAGCUCGCAGCUGAAAUACGAGGCUUUAAGGAGACUCGUGGUUACCAACGUCACUGCGGUUUUUCCACCCACUGUUUUACGCGUAAAGCUACAAGAGAGAACUUUACGACGUUUGUACCUCUUUUUUUGGAAGUACUUUCUGCUGCUUCUCGUCUGACUGAAGAUCUCGGUGGCGGGUGGAUCUUAAGCCUCUGACAGUUCUUACCUAAUUUAGCUGCUGUUAACACCGCGGAGUCCUUGACGCAGGCGAGCGGUCCGAAAUUGGAGAUUUCCACCGCUGCCAAAGUUUAUAUUUAAAUUCUGUUUAUUUUGAGUCAUCGCGCUGUUUUGAUUACCAACACGGUCUAUUCCUCCCCCCCCCCCCCCCCCCCAGUGCACUUUGCAUCGGUGUGUUAAUGUAGACGCUGGUGCGUUUCUUGACGUUUAUUCCGCCUGUUUUUCAACUGCAACGUGUUUGCGAGAAAAAGAAAACCUCGGCAGCCGAUGACUCCUCUCUAAAGAAGCCAUUUUUAAGACUUCCGUUUACACUCCCCGAACACGAGCUCCUCUGCCUGCAGUUUUUUAACCCAGCACAUUUCAUUUUUUUAACCCCCCGCGCCUCCCAAUUGUUCUCAAAUCGGCCUCAACGAUGCCUUUUGGUGCGCGCGGGCGCGCAGGUUGCGCCGCGGCUCGCUUCCUCCUCACCGCCUUCGCGGUGGCGGUGCUGGCGUCGGGAUGGGUCGGAGCCGAAUCCGAGUGGGCCAACAAGCCGGCCGGGGGCGGGGGUCCCCCCACGGUCACUCUCGGUACUCUGCUCACCGGGACGUGCCGGGAGGUCCAGCGGUACGCCGAGUCUCUGGUGGGGAGCGGCGUGUUGCGGGCGGCUGCUGAGGGUGCUGUGUUGUUUCUUGAUUCUUUGCUCGGUCAGGAGAACGUCUCUAAAGUGGCCAUGUUUUUUGAGAUGGUGAUCCGAUUCCUUGCCGAAGGGGCUGCCAGCGGCCUGAAUGUCAUCGCUGUCUACGUCACAGAGAUCCUCAGGGUCACAGGAUUCGAUGUUGCGCUGUCGUCGCCCCUCUUCACUCCAGAGGCCGUAGCCGCCAUUGCCCAGUGGGGUCUGGUGGCCCUGAUUGGCUACUGGGUGCUGACCAUUGUUCUCCGCCUGCUGAUCGGCGUGGUCAGGCGGGUCUUCUGGGUGGUGAAGACCGUUUUGGCGCUGUGGCUUUUCGGACUGAUCGUGACUGAGAAGAACGUCAGUGCGGACGUGACGGCGGUGCGGCUGGGCGGUCUGGUGCUGGCGUGCGUCCUGUUGACUCUGCUCACGACGCGCGCUGAGAAGUCCUGCGCAGUGGCUCACCGGCUGAGCUCGCUGGAGGACCGGGUGAAGGCCGUCGAGAAGAGGAAAGUCGAAUAGCAGCCGGGUGGGGUGGAGGGAAGGAGGUGCAGAUGGACACGGGUGAUGGUAAUGUCCGUUAUGAAAGCAGGAACAUUGAUGGUUUCUAUACGUGUGUCAAACUAUUGAAAAUAAAGUCUGGGAUUUUUAAUCGAAAAAGGAUUUUGUUUUACCUUAAAAUAAAUAAGGAAAUGAUUGAAACUU